AUUUCCGUUGUCAGGUGGCGCUGUCUCUGUGGAAAGAUGCGAUCAGCGAGAAGCGGAGGCUUUUCCUUAAUUGCUCAUUUCAGUAAUAGAGGGUAAACAACGCGAAACUAAAAUCUCCGAAGCUUCUGCCGCCUGUGAGAGAAGCUCCGUACUCCCACCACAGCUUUCGCCUGAGAAAUGUCGAUAUUUUAAGGGGGCAACGCAGUUCUUAGCCGGCGGUUUUGGCUUUGAGUCACAGCCAGUCCUGUUUGCCAGACCACUGGCUGUGUGCUGAGAGUUGGAGCAGUGCUGGAAAAGGAUAGCUGUGUAUGCUGUCAUCACACUGUCAUUCAGAGCUCCAGUAUGUCCAAACGGCGCUCGUCAGAGAGGGGGGCUGGAGAGACGUCAGGCAGGGCCAGCAAGCUCCAGUGUCCUGGGAUAUCUGGCAGUAAUGCCAAGAGAGCCGGCCCCUUUAUCCUUGGACCUCGCCUGGGCAACUCACCAGUACAGAGCAUAGUUCAGUGUUUGGCCAGAAAAGAUGGCACGGAUGACUUCUAUCAGCUCAAAAUCUUGACGCUGGAGGAGCGAGUAGACUCUGCUGGGGAGACUCAGGAGGAGAGGCAGGGAAAGAUGCUGUUGCAUACAGAAUACUCUCUCCUUUCUCUGCUGCACAACCAGGAUGGGGUGGUCCACCAUCAUGGCCUCUUCCAGGAUCGUGCCUACGAAAUAGUGGAGGACAUGGAGGCCAACAAAAUCCGUAAGAUGAAGAAGCGGAUCUGCCUGGUGUUGGACUGCCUGUGUGCCCACGAUUUCAGUGACAAGACAGCAGAUCUGAUAAACCUCCAGCAUUAUGUCAUAAAGGAGAAGCGACUGAGCGAGCGUGAAGCCAUCGUCAUUUUCUACGAUGUUGUGCGCGUGGUGGAGGCCCUCCAUAAGAAAAACAUUGUGCACAGAGACCUCAAGCUGGGAAACAUGGUGCUUAACAAACGGACACAUCGCAUCACCAUCACUAACUUCUGCCUAGGGAAGCACCUGGUGAGUGAGGAUGAUCUGCUAAAAGACCAGAGAGGCAGCCCAGCUUAUAUUAGCCCUGAUGUAUUAAGUGGUCGACCAUAUCGUGGUAAACCCAGCGACAUAUGGGCGCUCGGCGUUGUCUUGUUCACCAUGCUUUAUGGCCAGUUCCCUUUUUAUGACAGCAUACCUCAAGAACUCUUCCGCAAAAUCAAGGCUGCAGAGUAUUCUAUUCCAGAAGACGGUCGUGUGUCUGAGAACACGGUGUGCCUCAUUCGAAAGCUGCUCGUGCUGGACCCUCAGCAGAGGCUGGCUGCAGGAGAAGUGCUGGAGUCACUCAGUGCCAUUAUUGCUUCAUGGCAGUCAGUUUCAUCAAUGAGUGGCCCCUUACAGGUAGUUCCAGAUAUUGAUGAUCAGGUCAAUAACCAAGAACAUCUGCAGGAGGCCAAGGCAAUCGAAGAGUCUUCACAGUACGAAUUUGAGAACUACAUGCGCCAGCAGCUGCUGCUGGCUGAAGAGAAGAACACUAUUCAUGAAGCCAAGAGCUUUCUCACCAAGCGUCAGUUUGGCAACAUCCCACCUGUCAGGCGUCUGGGUCACGACGCCCAACCUGUCAGUCCAUUUGAUGCUACUGCCCUCGCUCAACGUUUCCUCCGGAAAUAACCCUCAACCCCCCACAGCAGCCUCUCUAGCCUCCCUGGUAACUAAACACACCCAGGGAGACCAGAGAGGACUUGGGAGAAAAUACCCAGAACUGAACUGGCACACAGGAAGGAUCUGUCUGUACUGACAGGCAGACCGAUGCACAUCUGGGUUUCAGUAAGCUAAGCGAAGCAGACACAAAGCCAGGUACCGGAAAAGAUUCCCACCUAUGAGCUUGACUUUUCCAGUCUGGAUUCCCUUCAAACAUUGAAAACCCUGGAUAACCCCCCCCCCCCCAAAAAGCUUCUUUACCCACAGUCACUGUGCAACAAACCCAUCAGCAUGGUCUGUCAUGGUUCUGAUGAGGUUCUGCCUGCAGUUUGGAAGCAACCAUCAACCCCUCGUUCCUCCCCCCCCCCCCCCCCACCUCUAAAACCUCUCCAUCCAUUCUGGCUUCCCUGAGCAAUACAGGUCCAGAAUCAUGUAGCAACCCCCCUCCCCCCCUCUUCACAGUGGUUUGGUAUUGCCUCAAGUUGGAUCUCUUGAUCACAGAUGUCAUUCAUGUAUACCUCCAUUCCACCUUCCUUAUCUCUUUCUCAGUCUUUGUUUUUCCUGUCUUGUUCUUUCCACAACUCUGACUUCAAAUCAAUCUACCUCUUUGUCUCUAUCCGUCUGUUUCUAAUCUAGGCUCACAGUUCUGAGACCAGGGAUUGUAACGCCCGAGUCUCGACCCACCAGUGGCAUAAAAGCAUUAAUGUUUUUGGUUGCAAUGAAACUGCUUUCAAACGGUUUCUAAAAAUCUGAAUAAGCUUUGUAUUAUUUAUCUAAAUAAGUAGCAUUUUAUCUCAGUAGUAGAAAGAUUGAAGAAAGAUUUGAUUAUCAAAGCUUACUUUGAAAUUAGCGCUCUGCGUUGUCUCCUGCUUCUUGCUCAUCCCUGUGGAAAUCUCUUUAGCACCUCGGCAGCUAUAGUGAGGUACCUGGGAGUCCAAAUUCCAAGAACUGAAUGAGGCCAAGUCCUAACGAUGAUGGUUACUCUUCCUCAGUGCCGCCAUGGCGAUUAUCAGGCACUGUUAUGUUUCCAUUGCCAAAAAUCCUGUCUUAAAUUUCUUCUCAGCCAAGGAAACUGGUACUUUCAGACUCAUUUAGAAUUGUAUGACUUCCAGGUGGCUUCCCCAUGUCUUCUUAUCCAACCCAACCAUGGGACAACUGUUUGUUUUCUGUGUGAAUGUCAAUCUCAUUUCUUCUGAUGAAUCUGCAGUAUCCUGAAGUGUGCAUGCUGUGUGUAUGUGGGUUGGAGCCAGACAAACAAGUGUGUAUGAGAGAAGCUGGAACUCUCUGACCCUUUAAGCUAUCCACUAGUUAUCAUUGUGUCGUGUUAUCUGGCCUGCCUCUGUAGCAGACACUGUGAAACAGAGCAGGCUCUGCUGCAGUGGGGCUUGACUGAAUGUUUUUUUUGGGGGAAUGGAGUGAAAGCUUAAAAUGGGAAAAGACCAUAUACAUUGCCUUUCAGAUGUAUUAAUGACAUUUAGUUUUCACACCACUAACAAAAACGUUCAUGCAUUUAGUUGGAUUUUAUUAAAUAGAGCAACAUUAAACGGGUCAUAAUUAUAAAAGGAAAAUUAUUUAUUUUGUUAUAUUAUUAAGGCAGAUCUCUUUUGGUUCAUCUCUACUAACUUGAACCUAGUCAACUCUUCUUUGAAAGUAGCUCCAGCUCAGUUUACAUAAAUUCUAAGUCUUGCCACAGAUUAUUAAUUGGAUUGAGUUCUGAACUUUUUCUGGACAAAUCUCACUCACCAGUGAUCACAAUUCACUGUAUUUCUAUAUGUAUGUUUAGGGUCAUGACCCUUCUUUAGGGUCAACUUUCACUCCAUUUUAAAGUCUCCUUCACAGAAACUGGUCAAUUUUGAUGAGCUCAUCUGUUCUGCUCAGGAACGUCCCACUGAAUAAUGCUACCACAACCAUGUUUUCAUAAACCCUUUAAAGAUUCAGUAAACAUAUGCAUUGGGAUUAAACUGCACACAGACGACUUCUAAAGGCCAAGUGUGUCAUUGAAAGUUAGUGGAAUCUGAGUGCAAGGAGCGUAAAAUAAAUGGCACACUUCUUGGAUAUUUUAAAAGCCAUCCAUCAUUUUCCUUCCUUUAUAAUUAUGCGCUUUAUGUUGAUCUAUAUUCCAUUCAGAAGAAAAUAGCUGAAUACCUCUGUAAGGCGCUGUAUCUGUUCUCUCUCUUCCAAACUCAUCUUGUACAUGCUCGUUUAAUGUGGGUUCCUCUGAGCCCCCCCAGAUAAAUAUUACUGUAAUAUUCUGUAGUUAAAUGAAAAUACAAGCUCACAGGUUUAUAAGUGCAGUUUCUGGAUUUGCUUGAUGCAUUCUUCUGGUUUUCUUUUUACAGAACUAUUUUUGAAACCAUGGAAAUGCUACUAACUAGUGACUGUUAGCCAUUUGUACUGUGCAUCUUGCUUUUGCAUAUUUGUACCUGCUUUAUGGCUUUCUAUACUUUCCCUAUUUAUACUCGAACUGCAUGAACAUAGCUUCUGGAUUUUGUUUUUCCACACAUCUUUAACUGUUCUACCACUUUCUUACAGUUUCAUGUUGAUUUAUUUAUUCACUUGUGUAGACCCCCCCCCCCCAAACCACUGGUGCUUGUAUAACAGACAUUGAUUGUAGACAGUCAGAAACUCUUUGAAACAAUGCCCCACAGUUGUUUGCUCUCUGCUUUAAACAGUGGUUCCACUUUUGCAAUCCAAAUCUUUUUCCUCAUCAGAUACAUUUGUGAAAGAGUAGCAUUUCCUUUCCUCUAAGGAUUACUCAGUUGUUUUCUUGUGGUCACCUUAAGCUACACUAAUAUUAAGACUGACUUUUGCAUAGUUCUAUUUUUUAAAGAAAUGAUAAUAAUAAAUGGAUUUUCACAUCUUAAUUUACGGGAAGGGUUUUUGAAGUGUAGGUUUUUUUUGUUUUUUUUUGCCAUUACCCCUAAAUCCCCACACAAGGCUGCACUCGUUGGUCAGUAUGUAAAUAAUGUACCACAAUGACUGUGACGGUCAUACUUAAUGUAAUAAUGCUCCACCCAGUGACUUACCAACACCUGUUUCAGCACAUGAUGAUUGACACGUUCUUUGGGUCUUGUUGGCCGUCUAACAUCACAUCUGGAGGCUCCAAUGAAAUAUUUAGAGAGCCGCUGGUUUUCUUCCCAUCUAAAUGUGAAUUAUGUGGGUACAUAGCAGUAUUGUAGUAGUCAAGGUUGUUCAUCAGAAGAAGUUUUUUUUUUUUUUU